UGCUCUGGUGAUUGACAGCAGUUGGGGUCCAGUGACAGGCAGAUACGCAUGCUGCGCUCAGUCUCAGUUCUUCAUGACGUGUUGUUGACGUGCGCUACCCUUCUCCGUUGCGACGCGAGUGUCACGUGUUAGUUCUUCCUGUCCCGUAGCAUCAACAUGAAUAGUUAAACUUUACUACUCGAAUUCUAUGCUGCGAUAUCAGUUCGCGGUGUCUGGGCGCGCUCUAUAGUAGUCUUGUUUUGUGUGUUCCAAACUAGUGGGACUGUCGAGUAGUAGUGCUGACUAGGUGAGCUGUGAGUGGUGCUAAUGUGUAAUGGCUGAUUCAAGCCGGCUCGAUAACUACAUGGCUGGUAUGGAAGCCAUGUACGACCACAGGAGCAGCGCUGCUCUGCAGCCCGCUGCACUCAUGACACACAUGAACCAUGCUUCACAUAACCCGGCCAUGUAUGCACCACACUCACAACCACAGUCCAACCCUUCUAAUCAUGUUAUGGGCUCCGUACCAGAUGUUCACAAGCGCGAUAAGGACUUAAUAUAUGGGCACCCUCUAUUCCCGCUGCUGGCGCUAAUCUUCGAGAAAUGUGAACUGGCGACGUGUACACCGCGAGAAGCGGGCGUCGCAGGUGGCGACGUCUGCAGUUCUGAAUCUUUCAAUGAGGAUAUCGCCGUUUUCUCUAAACAGAUCAGACAAGAGAAACCAUAUUAUCAAGGCAAUCCAGAACUCGACAGUUUAAUGGUACAAGCGAUACAAGUACUUCGGUUUCAUCUUUUAGAAUUAGAAAAGGUCCAUGAACUGUGUGACAAUUUCUGUCAUCGAUACAUCUCUUGUCUGAAGGGCAAGAUGCCUAUAGACCUGGUCAUAGACGAACGAGACGGACCUAAACCCGAGCCUUUAGGUCCGGGCGAUUCGAACAAUAACGGCUCUGCAACCGCAGGCCGAGCGUCUGCCGAUACCACACACACCGACGGCGCCUCUACACCUGAUGUGCGGCCGCCCUCCUCGUCUAUGUCAUUUGGUGGUGGCGGGGGAGGGGGCGAGGACGCCAGGUCCCCCGGCUCUGGGGGCACGCCUGGGCCUCUCUCCCACCAGCCCGCCUCACAACAGUCGGGGGAUAACAACUCGGAAGCAGGUAUGACGUCAUUAUUGGCUGGGCUCAAGCACCACCAAAUGAACGGUAAGAAGAGCCCAGGAGGACUUCAAUCAAGACUCUUCCGUGAAUUCGAAGCCUGGUCUCCUGGUGCUACAGGUGACGCAAGUAACGCCAGUCUAGGCUCUGGCGACGGUACUGAAGAAGACGAAGACGGAAGCAAAAAGAACCAAAAAAAGCGAGGCAUCUUCCCUAAAGUCGCGACCAAUAUUCUCCGAGCGUGGCUCUUCCAACACCUCACACAUCCAUACCCGUCCGAGGAUCAGAAGAAACAGUUGGCCCAAGACACGGGAUUAACCAUUCUGCAAGUGAAUAACUGGUGA